AUGGCUGUUGCCGUUGUCCAACCACCUGUCGUUGCUACAAAGCCCACCACAAAUGACGAAAACCAUGUCUCAGUACAAAAAACAGUGACGCAUUUGGGACAGGAAAACCUCGUGUCUAUCUGGGGAUGGAACCGCGCAGUCCCCACGUCAAUGGAGCGAUGCAUAGAUGAGAUGAUUGGCGAGCGUACACGCACCAAACCCAUGGCGCCCGCGGUGUGCGCUUGGGAUGGUGACUUAACCUAUCUUGAGCUAGAUCAACUAGCAGGUCAGAUAGCAAACAGACUGGUCAGCCUAGGAAUUGGGCCUGAAGCGAUUAUACCACUGUGCUUUGAGAAAUCGCGGUGGAUGACGGUGGCAAUGCUGGCCGUGAUCAAAGCCGGCGCCGGUUUCGUAGCGCUCGACCCAGCGCAACCUGAGCGUCGUCUGGUUGAUGUUGUGAAGCAAGUCAAUGCCACGGUUCUUCUCUCCUCCCUUAAGCACGAAGCUCUGGGGGCCCGACUGGUAGACACUGUCGUCAGUGUGUCGCUCGACUGUCCAAAUGUGGAACCUAUCACCCUUACAACCCCCUUGAGGGCACGUCCAUCGUCUGUCCUCUAUGUGGUCUUCACCUCAGGCAGUACAGGUGUUCCAAAGGGUGUUGUAAUCGAGCAUCGAAAUGUUGCAUCAGCCAUUUAUCAUCAGGUCGACCGACUGGGGAUCACUGCCGAUUCGAGGUUUUAUGAUUUUGCCUCCUACAGCUAUGAUGUCUCAAUCAGCAAUGCACUUGCAAUCCUCAUAACUGGCGGUUGUAUCUGCACUCCGAGUGAGCAGGAUCGGCUAGAUAAUAUUGCAGGGAGCAUCAGGUCAUUGAGAGCCAAUUCGACCGCUCUUACUCCAUCUGUCGCACGUCUUUUGGUGCCGAAUACCGUACCCGAAGUGCGUUCAAUCAUGUUGGUUGGGGAACCAGUACGAGCUGACGAUAUCUCUCGAUGGAAAGGCCGGGCGCAUGUGAUCUGUCGAUAUGGAGUCAGUGAAUCGCCCGCUGCCAGCACGAUCUACGAUAGCUCGACUUCCUUCGAUCAGCGGCCUAGUAUUGGCACUGCCGCGGGGUUAGUGACUUGGGUAGUGAAUCCAAAUGACCACAACCUGCUCAGCCCGCUCGGAGCUGUUGGCGAGCUUCUGCUGGAAGGGCCAUCGCUAAGUCGCGGCUAUCUUAACGACCCUGAGAAAACCGCUGCCACCUUCAUUCAAAACCCGGAGUGGCUCCUUUGCGGAGCACCUGGCCAACCUGGCCGACAUGGUCGGCUCUAUACGACCGGUGAUCUCGUUCGUUAUGCAAAUAAUGGCGCCCUGACAUUCGUGGGGCGCAAGGACAACCAGGUCAAAAUCCGCGGGCAGCGCGUGGAAUUGGGUGAUAUCGAGCAUCACAUUCAGGAGUGUUUGGGAGAUGAUGGUGCGCAGGUCGUCGUCGAGCUGGUUAUGUUGCCAGGGCCCAUCCCGAAGGCCACACUCGUGGCUUUCGUGAAACAAGGGGGGUUUCAGCAAGCCAACGACGUCCCGGGCACAGUGUAG